AGCAGGAGGAGGAGGAGGGAGGUGCGGGGAUGCUGCCCUGCCCCGGUGUGUGCCAUGGGAGAGGGUGCGGUGGAGCCCGAGGAGACAAAAGGAGCAGAGCCGCGGUCUGCGGGGCUCCGCACACGUGAAAUUUCCUGCAGCACGCUCGUUUUCUGCUCGGGGCCAUUAAACUUUGCGCGUAGUUUAUUCGCAGCAUCGCGGCAAGCGCUGGGAAGGGCAGGUGGCACAGACCCCGCCAUGCCCCCCUGACUGGCCUAGAAAUCGGCUCCCUCCUCAACAAUAAUUGAUAGAAUGGCCUUAAUUUUUCUAAGAAAUACAAGGCCUCGCUGUAGUUCACCAGAUGUUCUGCAAUUCCUUUGAGCGGUAGCAUGAACAAGUUUUACUACAUCAUGAGGAAAAUUGCAUUUUUAAGCGCAUCCUUCCACAUACGUAUGUGCAGCACCCAUCUGCUUGUGCUCUCAAGUUAUUCACUCUCAUAGAAGCCCUUUCUCAGACUGAAGAGAGGAGAAUUUUAAUUCUACCUUGUUGAUCAUUAAGUUCAAACACAGAUUUUCAGGCAUUCUGUUAAUUUUUCUGACUUACUUUUUUAAAAAAAAAAUACAUUAGCAAGAUCAAAAUGGCUCAGCUUAGCACUUGAGCCUGAUAUCUUUAUGCAGCACUUUAUAAGAAGAAAGUGUGAUUUUACAUCCAUUCUUAAAUUUUUACAGCUCAAGUGGUUCCCUGACAGUAUUUUUGCACAUAUUGGGCUGCAAGCAGGUACCUGUGAUGCUGCAGCUCCUCAGUGUCUUCAUUUGGAUUUCCUCGAGUUCCAGAUAUGCUCCAAGGCUUGUGUUGCAGCUGGAAUUUUUGUGCAUAGCUGCGUGGCUGAGCAUAAAAUCACUCAUCUAAUUAUAAAAGCCAAAAAAACGUGGUUUUCUGCUCUUUUGCUGCCAUCAUAAUUAAGCUUUGUAUCUGGUCUAGUUUCCUCUGUGUGGCUUUUCUCCUGAUUAUUGACUUCUAAUGAUUACUCUCUGUUUUAUGUAAAAAAUACCUGCAACUCCCAGAAGCUUUGCAAGACAAGAACAGAAUUAGGAGCAGUGGGAUGAGUGACUUCAUGGAGUAUUUUUCUGUUACAAAUGUUUGAAAAGGAAAAAAAAAAAAAACUAGACCCUGUGGCCCUUAGCAGCAGCAGAUGAGGGCAAAAACAACCCUGUGUUCAGUGCCACCAUGUGAGUGGCACAUCGUGACUCUGUUUGCAGCUGGUGGCAUCGUGGUGUGUGGUUUGUUUCAAAAGCCCCUGGGAAGCACAGCUGAGAUCAGGGAGGAGGGGCUGGAAAGCGCUUGGGCGAGCAGGGUGUAAAUCAGAGUUGUGGAGCAGGCAGCAGUGUGUGCUGGGGAGCAGGGGCGAGGCUGGGCCGGGAGUGUUGGGAGUGCAGAGCGGCGCGAGUCAUUUACCCAGUGAGGUGGUGGAGUCAUCACCCCUUGAAGAGUUCAAAAAAAGACUGGAUGUGGCACUUGCUGCUUGUUGAACAGUUAGAACAUCGGCUGGACUUGAUGAUCUUAUAGGUCUCUUCCAGUCUUGAACUUCUGUGAUUCUGUGAUUCUGUGAGUCAGCCCUUGCUGCAGAGAGGGAGCUGCGCUAAUGCAGAGCUGAGGCACCUGCGAGGGCCCUUCACGCUCCCUCCCCAUCACCUUGAGCAGCGCUGGGGAUUUCUCCUCCCCUUUGUUGCUAUUCUCAUCUGAAGGCUCCUGUAAUGUCACUUGUCCCCAGUCUGUUUGCCAAGGAUGCGACAGAGGGAUGUCCUGGAGGCUGAAUGCCUUUGGUGGUGUGGCUGCACUGAGCUUCCGAACCAUUGAUCAAGGCCAUUGUUUCUUAAUUCACCCAUAUUUAGGAUUAAAGUUUUGUCAGGACACAAACUAUCGAAAAACAGCUGGGCAUACCCCUCUUGAAAUGGUGCAAAGCAUCAAAAAAUAAGUGUGUUUAAAAAGCAAAGCAAACCAUUUUUGACAUCAGCUUACACCGCUUGUUUUUGCAGCGUUGUGCUUGGACUCCCCUCAAUACCUGUUGCAUUAUUCAGGAAAAGAGCUUUUGGGGAAAUUUCCCGAGUUGCUGUUCCUGCUCAGCACUGAGGUUUAAAAUAAUGGCUGAAGAUGGCAGUGAGGAGAUUAUGUUUAUUUGGUGUGAGGACUGUGGGCAGUACCAUGAUUCAGAGUGUCCUGAGCUGGGCCCAGUGGUGACAGUCAAAGACUCCUUUGUAUUGAGCAGAGCAAGGUCAUCUCUGCCUUCUAAUUUGGAGAUUAGACAGCUGGAGGAUGGGACUGAGGGAGUGUUUGCUCUGACUCAGCUGGUGAAACGUACCCAGUUUGGCCCCUUUGAAUGCAAGAGAGUUCUCAAGCUGGAGAAAGAAUCAGUUUUUCCCCUGAAGGUGUUCCAGAAGGAAGGGCCCCUGGUGUAUUUUGACACCACAAAUGAAGAUGAUUGCAACUGGAUGAUGAUGGUGCGCCCAGCCACCGAGUAUGAGCACCAAAACCUCACAGCCUUCCAGCAUGACAAUGACAUUUACUUCACCACCUGCCAGGACAUCCCCCCAGGAACUGAGCUGAGAGUGUGGUAUGCAGCUUUUUACGCCAAAAAAAUGGAAAAGCCAGUGCUGAAGCAGGUCACUAGUGUUGCCAAUGAUACAUCCUUGGUAGCAAUGGAGUCUGAUAAAGAAGGAAAUAAUAAGGUCUCUUCAAAACCUUCAUCUGCUGUCUUACCCCAUAAAAAAAACAAGAAAUCCAGCAUUUUGGCAGCUGAUCCAGCAGUGAACACUCCAGAAGGCAGUGGAACAGCAGAAGCAAAGCCCAACCAGUGGACGUGUAAAGUGUGUUCAUCUGCUUUCCAAGAGCCCCAGCUGCUGACAGAGCACUUGCUGAGUCACCUGGAACAAGCCAAAGGUGCCUCCCCAAGCAGCCAAAAUGAUGCUGAGAAAGCAGAGAAAGCAGCAGAGGCUGUACCAGCAGAUCAACCAGUGGCAAGUGAUACAGCCAGUGCCAGCACAGACUCGAGGAGAAAGGCCAGGAGGGGGAGAAAAGCCAAAACAGCAAAAGUAGAAACACCUCUUGUCAUUGAUGAAGAGAAAGAUCCUGCAGUGGAACGUGUGGCUGACGCUGUCCCUGAGGUGCCUCCAGAGGAGGUGGCCCUGCCCCCAGCUCCUGAAGAGAGCAUCAUGGACCUGGUUUUAGGAAAGAUGCCCAGCACCACAAACAGCAUCAGCUCAGUGACAAAUAGGUUUGCUCAUCACCAAAACACCAUGUCCCUCAAAAGAAGUUUCAUUCUCUCCAGUAGACACGGGAUUCGGCGGAAGCUGAUAAAGCAGCUGGGGGAGCACAAGAGGGUCUAUCAGUGCAGCAUCUGCAGUAAGAUCUUCCAGAACAGCAGCAACCUCAGCAGGCACAUCCGUUCUCAUGGUGACAAACUGUUUAAAUGUGAGGAAUGUGCCAAGCUGUUCAGCAGGAAGGAAAGCUUGAAGCAGCACGUUUCCUACAAGCACAGCAGGAAUGAAGUGGACAGUGAGUACAGAUACAAGUGCACCACGUGUGAAAAGGCCUUUCGGAUAGAGAGUGCACUGGAAUUCCACAACUGCAGGACAGAUGACAAGACAUUCCAGUGUGAGAUGUGUUUCAGAUUCUUCUCUACAAACAGCAACCUUUCAAAACACAAGAAAAAACACGGGGAUAAGAAGUUUGCAUGUGAGAUCUGCAAUAAGAUGUUCUACAGGAAGGAUGUCAUGCUGGACCAUCAGAGGCGGCACUUGGAAGGGGUGAGGCGUGUGAAGAGAGAAGACUUUGAGCACAGCACGGAGAGCAUGGUUCGCUACAAGAAGGAGCCCUCGGGCUGCCCCGUGUGUGGGAAGGUAUUUUCAUGUAGGAGUAACAUGAACAAACACCUUCUAACACAUGGAGACAAGAAAUACACCUGUGAGAUCUGUGGACGGAAAUUUUUCAGGGUGGAUGUGCUGAGAGAUCAUAUUCAUGUCCAUUUUAAGGACAUAGCCCUAAUGGAUGAUCACCAGAGGGAAGAGUUCAUUGGUAAAAUUGGAAUCUCAUCAGAGGAAAAUGAUGACAACUCUGAUGAAAGUGCAGAUUUAGAGCCUCACAAGUAUAGCUGCAAAAGGUGCCAGCUGACCUUUGGCAGAGGGAAGGAGUACCUGAAGCACAUCAUGGACGUGCACAAGGAGAAGGGUUAUGGCUGCAGCAUCUGCAACCGGCGCUUCGCCCUCAAGGCCACGUACCACGCGCACAUGGUCAUCCACAGGGAGAACCUGCCCGACCCCAACGUGCAAAAAUACAUCCAUCCAUGUGAAAUCUGUGGCAGGAUUUUUAACAGUAUAGGAAAUCUGGAAAGACAUAAGCUAAUACAUACAGGUGUAAAAAGUCAUGCUUGUGAGCAAUGUGGCAAAUCAUUUGCUAGAAAAGACAUGUUAAAAGAACAUAUGCGAGUCCAUGAUAAUAUCCGAGAAUACUUGUGUGCAGAGUGUGGCAAAGGAAUGAAGACAAAACAUGCCCUUCGUCACCACAUGAAGCUGCACAAGGGGAUUAAGGAAUACGAGUGCAAGGAAUGUCACAGAAAAUUUGCACAGAAAGUCAACAUGCUGAAACAUUACAAGAGACACACAGGAAUCAAAGAUUUCAUGUGUGAGCUCUGUGGCAAGACAUUCAGCGAGAGAAACACAAUGGAGACUCACAAGUUGAUUCAUACAGUAGGAAAACAGUGGACGUGUUCAGUGUGUGACAAGAAGUAUGUCACUGAUUACAUGCUGCAGAAGCACAUCCAGCUCACCCAUGACAAGGUGGAAGCCCAGAGCUGUCAGCUGUGUGGCACAAAGGUUUCCACCAGGGCGUCCAUGAGUCGACACAUGAGGCGUAAACACCCAGAGAUUCUUUCAGUGAGGAUUGAUGAUUUAGAGCCACUGCCAGAGACAACCACCAUUGAUGCCUCUUCAAUUGGGAUUGUUCAGCCGGAAUUGGCCUUGGAACAGGGUGAACUACCAGAAGGGAAGCAGCAUGUAAAAGCUCCUAAAAGUGGCCAGAAAAGAAAACAAAAGUCAGGUGAGGAGGAGGAAGCUCAAGUGCCUGAGGACCCUGCCUUCAGUGAAUACACAGAGAAGGAAGGUGAAUUCACAGGGAAUGUUGGAGAUGAAACCAAUUCAGCUGUGCAGAGCAUCCAACAGGUUGUGGUGACGCUCAGCGACCCGAACGUCUCGGCGCCCUCCAGCUCGGUGGGACUCACCAACAUCACCGUGACCCCCAUCACCACGGCAGCUGGCACCCAGUUCACCAACCUGCAGCCCGUGGCCGUGGGCCACCUGUGUCCCCCCGAGAGGCAGCUGCAGCUGGACAGCUCCAUCCUCACCGUCACCUUCGACACCGUCAGCGGCUCGGCCGUGCUGCACAACCGCCAGAGCGACAUCCAGCUCCCGCCGCAGCCCGAGGCUCCCAACCCCCAGUCUGUGGCCCAUUUCAUAAACCUGACCACCCUGGUGAACUCCAUUGCCCCCCUGGGGACCCCCCAGAUGACAGAACAGCACCCCCUGAGCUGGAGGUCGGUGCCUCAGACUGAUGUGCUGCAGCCCCCGGCGCCGGCCGCGCCGCAGCAGCCGGGCCAGCAGCCCGUCCAGACAGAGCAGCAGCAGCAGCAGAUGUACAGCUACUAAUUUAUACUUGGCCAUGGACACUACUCAGAGACACAGAAAAACACACUGACCUUUGGAAAAUUUCUACUAGGAUUGUUUGCUGGAUACCAAACAGAGAUGGGAAUUGAAUUUCGUUGUUUAUACGAUGAAAUUUAAGCUGAAAUUGGCAGAUCACCCUGCAGCACCCCGGUCUGAGGUUCUCUAGACCUUGCACUGUCUUAAAAAAUAACAGAAAGGGGAAAAAAAAAAAUCUCACCACAAAUUUAGCACCCUCUUGCAGUUGUGCACUAAGAUUGAGAUUUGGCAGGUGCAUCAUCACACACCUUAACCAAAGCAGGGAAAUCCUAAAUUUUGCAGCACUUGUGAUGUACAAAAACCCUUUCAGCCAUACCAUGUCACUUCUUUCCAAGUCUGGAAAUGGCACCUGAAGAUCUGUUCACAGUGGGUGGAAUGUCCUUGUGGUCAGCUGGUAGAGACUGAAAUGUGAAGACACAAAGGGGCAAAACAGGAAUUCUUUGUUUCUUAUCUUCUUUAGGUCUUGUAUCUAACAACAUCAGUAAAGUAGGUGGAAUUUGGGGUUUUGGGGUGGGCAUGAGUGUGGUGUGGAAGAAAAUAUUACCAAUUAUUUCCAUUUUAGUCAUGGGAAAAACCCUGUACCCAUCAGGCAGUGAUAGUGCUACUUGAGCCAGAGAGCUAAUCCUGAAGCAAAUUUUUAUGGUCUUCUAGUCAAGUUUCAAUCAAACCAAUUACAAACCGAAAGAAGAAUGUGGUACAGUUUUAUGUAAUUUUUAAAACCUCCUCUUUCAAUCUUGCAUUUAGCUAAUAGCCCUGAAGAGCAAUCAAUCCCCUUUGAUGAAAUUCAGGAUGUGAAUUUUUUUUCAAUUAGACUUAUUUCAUCCUGUAAUAAACAUUUGAGAAAGCAUUCUUUUUAUAUAUAUAUACAUAUAUAUAUAUAUAUAUACUUUGUAUUUUACUGUGUGUUUCUGGUGAGUAUUUGUGUGGAAAACACUGUUACCAACACAAUUCAUGAAUUCUUUUAUCCCCAUGUCACUGCAUUUUACGGAAAAAAAAUAUGGAUUCUGUUCCUUCUGUUCCCAAAAUUUAUUUCCAAAGUUCACAGCCACACACAAGGUUGUGUGAAGUGCAAGAAAAAGAAAAAGGAAUGUCUGAAGCAUAUUCUGUGUCCUGCCACAUGGAGUCAGUGUGCCCCAGUGUAUAAAGGGUGAGGUUUGCAUCACUGCUGGGGAUGCAAAUCCUGGGCUGGGUCAGAGCCCCUUCACUGCAUUCUCCAUCCAUGGAUGUGCAGUCUGGACUUUUGCAUGUCAAGAAGAUAGUGCUAUUCCCACAGGGAAAAUGAGCUGGUAGCAAAAAGGAAUAAACUAUAUAUAU